AUGUUCAAGGCCCUGAUGGGCGGGGGCCGGUCGGCGUCCACCAGCUCCAGCUCCAAGAGCGGCCAUCGCAAGGCCGAUUCCAAGUCUUCCACCAGCCGCAAGUCCUCACGGGGUGACGACCGUGACCGUGGCCUGGGCGACUUGUCGGCCUACACGCCGUCCGCCUCUGGCAGCAAGCGCGGCCCGCCCAGCGCCGCCGGCGACUCCGUCGCAUCGACCUACGUGACCGCCGAGCCCGAUGUCAUUGACUAUCCCGAUCGCACAAUCGUCGAGCGAACCCCCAAGCGCCGAGAUAGCGACCGCGAAAGCAAGAGCUCGCGCCGCCGCGAGCGUGAUCGCUCCGAAAGCCGCGAGCGCGAGAGGAGGAAAUCGAGCCGCCGCAGCGCGGAUGACGGCCUAGAUGAUGAUCUGGAUGGAGAACAUGACCGUCGUGAGCGGCGCCGCACGCACUCAGGCGAUCCCUAUGUGCCACCCAUAUCCACGGCCAUGCCGUCCAGCGCCCCGGGCGCUCAGUUUGCCGCCGACAUUGCGGCACCGGGAUUCUCGCAGUUCCCUAUGCAAUACGACACGGCGAUGCCGACAGUUGCUUCGUUCCCGCCUGGCCAGUCGCCUGGCCAUGAUACAUCACCUGCGCCGUUCGAUCCCCAUGUGCAGCAGCAGUUCCCUGGUCAGUUUCCGUUGGGGACGGCGGCACCCUACUUCCCGCCCAACAACCCUGCGGGCGCGGCAGCAGACUACUAUGGCGAUCAGGGUCAGUCUGUCUCUGAGCAGCCGGGUAUCCGGCCGCACCAGCCUGCUAUCAUUCCGAAUAGCCAAGCGCAUUUGAUGGCAGCAUCGUCGUCGGCCAACCCCCCUCCCGAGCCCAGCAGUUUGGGACAGGUUGGCGCGGCUGCAGCCUACUUUGGAGAUGAGAUUGAGCAUACCGCGUCUCAAACGAUCCAGCCGCUGUCAGGAUCAUCAUCAUUGCCUCUAAAGCCUAGCAAACCUGGUAAACCUGGUAAACCGUCGAAACCCAGCAAGCCUUACUCCUCACCCGCAAGCGCAAUUCCACUAGCUGCUGCAGCCGCGGGUGCUGUUACCUAUGGAGUGGGAAGCACCGAGGAGUCCCAUUCCUCUUCCGCAGCCUAUCAUCAAUCUGCCUCGUACUCGCAGCCGGCUAUGAUGAGUAGCAGCAAACCUCCCCAUUCGCAUGGCAUUGGCGCUGGGGUUGGCAUGGCAGCUGCCGGCGCAGCGGCUGGCUACAUGAUGGGCCAUCAACACCACUCCUCUAGCCCCACGCAUUCGUCGCAGUACACCUUCCAGAACUACGAGCAGUCGUCCCAGGCUAGUGUUCCCCCAUACACUCCUGGCACCAACAACGCCAUACUCGCGGCUGGCGCCGCUGGAGCGGCAGGAUAUGCUGCGCACGCCGCCCACAACCCUGGUUUCUAUCCCCACGGCGGCCUUGCCGUUCAACACCGGCACCGUGGCCCUCUCUCCAAAUUUGUGGACUUUUGGCGUGAUCCUGAGGGCGUGGGUCGGUUCGAAGAUUACACGGAAACCAUCGGUGUGUGCAAGUAUUGCUUCGAGCCUGGCACGAGCUCUGUCGAUGCACCUCGCAAGCAUUAUUACCACGGGCGCCGCCAUUCUGCCGAUCGUUAUAGCAGUGGUGGCUCGUCGAGAAUAAACAAGCUAAGCCGCUACCAGUCCUCUGAAGACGAGAGCCGCCGUCGCAAGCGCUCUUCGAAGAAGUCCUCUUCCUGGCUGCCGGGCAUGUUGGCUGGAUAUGCUGCGAAGUCGAUUUUCGCUGGCAAGGACUUCGAUGACUCUUACAGUGUUCGCUCAGGCCAUGUAUCGGGUGAUCGACUCUCGUCCUACACCCGCGAAGAGGAUCGGAGAAGUUACACAUCGCGUGGCGUUGUUCGUCGCUCAGGUCGCAGCCCUCCGCGAGAGCACCACUCUGAUAGAAAGCCUUCUCGACGGACACGCUCUCGCUCGCGAUCGUCUUCCCAAUCAGGUCGCCAUUCGUUCGUGCAGGAGGCUGCCUUGGGUGCAGCAGUGGGCUCCGCUGCUCUCGCGGUUUCGAAAUCGCACCAGCGACCCCGCAGCCGCUCCCCGUCUCGGGCCCAGCGCCGAAAGGAUUCUUCGUCUAGCGCCUCAUUCGUUGAUGUUUCUCAGCCUUCUGCCAAGUCCGUCGGUGGCUUUACAUCUUUCUUCACCUCGACGUCUGAGAACCGCAAGAAGGAGAAAACGCGGUCAAAGAAGUCGAGGAGCUUUUUCUCCUUCAACAGCUCGUCUUCGUCCUCGCUUGAUGCAGAUCUUGCUUUUGGGACAGGCUUCGCUAAGAAGUCGUCCAAGCUCCAGAAAAAGAAGAAAGGCAAGAAGCAUGAGGAUGUGGACGCUGCUCUCAUUGGCCUGGGCGCAACUGCGACUGCUCUUGCUGCUGCCUCUGAUCAUCGCCACAGCCGCAGUACGGGCCAGAUAAUGACUGCCCGAGAGACCCGUCAUUCUAAUUACACCUCAUCUGCAACAAAUGAAGACGAUGAAUGGGUAGAUGCGGAGUCGGAGGACCAGUCCUCGGCAAGCGUCAGCUCUGCUCUGGCUUUUGGUGCCAGCAGCGCUGACUCUGGAACCGACUCGAACAGCAGCGGCGGGUGGAAAUGGGGAUGGGGCAACAAGAAGAAAAAGAAGGACAAGAAGUCUUCUAAGAUGGACGUUGCCAUGGCAGUUGGUGCCGGCGCCCUCGGCGGUGCCGCAAUUGCUUCUGUUGCGCGCCGUCGCGACAGCCGCCCGCCAAGCGAGGCUGGAAGUCUUCAGCAGGUCUAUCCCGUGCCCACCUCUGACCCGUCUCGUUUCGACGUUUCCAAGAUGUCUCCUUCCGUGAUGUCCGGUGACCAGCCGCCUCUUGUCCGACCUGGCCCUAUCCCCCUACAGCAGCCGCAGCCGUACGCUCCCGUUUCUCAGGCUGUGUACACUACCCAAGGAAACUUGCCCGGAUCAAUUCCUGCUUACAGUGCCCCUGCUGUUCCUCCCAUCUUUGCCAACGAGUACGACCAGUACAACCCGCAGUUCCAGGGUGCCCGCGAUGCAGCCUACGCCCAUCAGAUCGAUAGCGUUGCUGGGCGCCGCAAGCACCAUCGCAGCGACUCAACGCCCGUCUUCCCUACGCAAGAGAACUCUACGUCGACCCCCAAGCGUCGCUCUACGUUCAAGGACCAAGCCUCGGUUUCUUUCGAUCUGACUGAGGAGCAGGCUGAGCGUGAACGCAACCUUGCCCGCCGCGUCAAGAAACCACGGGAUGAUAGCCGAGAUGACUCUGUGCAGUUGAUUGAUCAUGAAGCGGAGCUGGCUCGCGAGGAGGCUGAGCGACGCGAACGUCGAGAGCGCCGCAAGUACCGCGAUGAAGACAACCGCCGCAGCGACAGCGAUAAAGAGAAGGAUUCCUCUUGGGUUGAAGAAGCUGCCGUCGGAGCCAUUGGCGCAGCUGCCGCCAGCUCCCUCAUUUCAUCUAGCAAGAAGGACGGCGAUAAGGACUCCGAGGUAAGCUCGCGACACCGUGAUCGCCGCGCCGAGCGUCGUGCCGAACGACGCGGCGAGCCGUCCGUCAUCUCCAAGUCCACUGCCUCGGAGCCAACUGUGGACCAGGCCUCUUCAUCACCAAGCGCCGAUCCUGACAAGCGUUCCACUCGCCGGUCUCCGCGCCCAGCUCUCGUGCACGAAGACUACGCGGAGUUCUUUGCCCCCGCGGAACUCCGCCACAGCCCAGAUCAACAUGCGGGCGACCAGGACCGCAGUCGCGACUCCGCAGGGCCUGAAGUAGUCGAAGUGGUGCCUGCCAGCGAGCGCGGAAAGAAUAAUGAUAUGCCCCGUGAUGACCUUCCGCAGUUUGCGCAGGAACCUUAUGAAGACCGUGAUCAUUUGCCGUGGCCGGUCCCACGACUGAACUUCAUUGAUCCUACGCCGCCGCAGAGCAUUAACGGUUCUAUGCGCGGGACUCCCACGCCUUCUGCGCCGGUUGAGCUUACUCACGAAGAAGAAGCAUCCAAGCAGCGUGAACUUGAAAAUGAAAAUGAGCAUGAGCGUGACCUUGAAAAUGAACCUCAACCUGAACCUGAACGCGAACGCAUUUCGACUGGCUCGCGGGUAUCCUGGGGACCGCAUGAGACCCAUGAAUAUGAAAUCCCAUCUUCUUCCGAGCAAGACCCGCAUUCCCCGAUCGAAGAAGCUGCUAGGGAUCUCUCCAUGAAACAGUCAGAGAAGGAGCCACCCAAAGAUCUCAGCCACAUGGGUAGCUUUGGUCACGAUAUUGAAUUCGCGGCCACCAUUGCUGCUGCCACCGAAGCAGCUGGCUUUGAUCCCUCCUUCGUCUUCAAUGAUCCGACCUAUCACACUCGCACCUCGCCUCCCGGAUCAGAGGAUGAGGGCACGUUCUCCCCUCUGUCGAAGUGGGCUGCGGCUCCUCAACCCGAGCAACCCCACGGAUUUGUCGAAGGGGAAGUCGAAAGCUACGAGCCCAGCAAGUCUCGGGACAUUGAGCCCUCUGCUGAGCCCGUUAUCGAGGAGAAAUUGUUCUACGCGGAACCAGAAUCGUUCACUGAAAACAAAGAUGUGUCGUUCUCCCAGCGGCCAGACCGCGGCUCAAUAGCCCAAGAGGUCAUUGAGCAGUUGAACGGCAAGAGCGCGCGAAAGAGCUCUCCCGACAAUGAUGUCUUUUCUAUGCCUGGUGGCUUCGAUAGCGGUGAUAAGACUCGCGAUGGUUCCCGUGACGAUACUCGGUCCGUCUUCUCUGCUCCGCCUGAGAGGGAGUCCGAGAAGAGCAAGUCUAAGAAAUCUCGACACAGUGGUAAUGAUUAUGAGUUUUCUCGUGAGAUUCUCGAGCGUGAGCGUGAAACUGCGCCGUCGCCUCCUCUUGAGGAUGUCGAAGAGACUGUCGAGGAUAAGAAGCGCCGCAAGCAUCGUUCUAAGCAUGGUGACAGUGAUACUUUCUCGGUGGAUGAUGAUGCCAGAUCUGCGAUCGCCUCCACCGAGGACGUGGAGAAGUCUGAACGACGCAAACAUCGCCAUCGCUCAUCGCGCGACAAGGACUUUGACGACACCGCGUCAAUUGCAUCCUCGCCUGCUGCUGCUUCGUAUGAAGAUGGAGAGAAAUCAGAACGUCGCAAGCGCCGCUCCAAGCAUGAUAGUGAUCCCUUCUCUGUGGACGAUGAUGCUAGAUCUGCGAUCACCUCCCUCGAGGACGUGGAGAAGUCUGAGCGACGCAAGCAUCGUCAUCGCUCGUCGCGUGACAAGGACUUUGACGAUACAGCCUCAAUCACAUCCUCCCCUGCCCGAAUUGAUGAAAGCCGCGAGAAGCGCCGCAGCAGGGAUAGCAAGGAUGAGAAGGAGAAGGACAAGAGUGGAAGCAUCCUGCGCAGCAUUUUCGGUUCGCGCGUGUCUGCCCCAGAGGGGCGUACCCGCUCUAAUCAUUCGUCCCGGUCGUCCUCUUUAGAGAAGCGCCCGUCUCGUGACGCGAUGUCGGAAGCUGGUGUUGAUGAGGAGACACGCCGACGCAAGAAGCGCUCUUCCAGGCAUCGCAGCUCCAGCGGAGGGGAGAAGCUGGAUGAUUAUGGUUCGGACAAAGAGGCUGGGUUCCGGGAUGACACGAAUCUGGAGGAGUACAGGUUGCAAAGGCAGCAGAAGGAGGAACGACGUCGACAUAGGUACGAGGAGAUCGUCGAGUCGGGGAAACGCCGGGAAUCUGAGAAGGUAUAG